UUCGUGAAGCAAGAGAGAAUAUCAGUCUCGAUAUAUGUGUGGUCUGAAUAUAUCUAAGUAGGUACGUAGGUUUUUAAUAUAGUAGUAAAUCCUAUCCGGGAUAGAGAGGCACAAAGAUGCCUUUAUUUGGGAAAAAAGAUUUCGGCAGGAAAUCGAAAAAGGAUGGCCGAGACUCCGAAAAGCAACCGUCCAUCGAAGACAAGUAUGUGGUUAAAGAUUUGUUGGGAACCGGAGCGUUUUCCGAGGUGCGAUUGAUAGAAAGCAAAGAUAACGGGCAGUUGUUCGCGUGUAAAAUUAUCGACAAAAAAGCUCUUAAAGGGAAAGAAGAUUCAUUAGAAAACGAGAUUAGGGUACUGAAGAGAUUUAGUGAACAAGCAAAAGGCGAAGGGGAAGAGAAAAAGAUGUUUUCGCACCCUAACAUCGUCCAGCUGUUAGAAACGUACGAGGACAAAAACAAAGUGUAUCUCGUGAUGGAGCUAGUGACAGGCGGGGAGUUGUUCGACCGCAUCGUGGAGAAGGGGUCGUACACCGAGAAGGACGCGUCCAACCUCAUGAGGCAGGUGCUGGAGGCCGUGGACUACAUGCACUCGCAGGGCGUCGUUCAUCGCGACCUCAAGCCCGAGAAUUUGCUCUAUUACAGUGCUGAUGAAGACAGUAAAAUUAUGAUCAGUGAUUUUGGUCUGUCCAAAAUUGAGGAUUCUGGUAUUAUGGCCACAGCUUGCGGAACUCCAGGAUAUGUUGCUCCUGAAGUGCUUGCCCAGAAGCCGUAUGGCAAAGCAGUGGAUGUAUGGAGUAUAGGAGUCAUAUCUUACAUCUUACUUUGCGGAUACCCACCAUUUUAUGAUGAGAAGGAUGAGAAUUUGUUUGCCCAGAUAUUGAAAGGCGAUUUUGAGUUUGAUUCUCCGUACUGGGAUGACAUUAGUGAAUCAGCUAAGGAUUUCAUAAGGCAUUUGAUGUGUGUUGAUGUGGACAAGAGAUAUACUUGCAGGCAGGCAUUGGCUCAUCCAUGGAUUUCUGGUAAUGAAGCUAGCAGCAAGAACAUCCAUGGCACUGUAUCUGAACAGCUUAAGAAGAACUUUGCCAAGUCCCGCUGGAAACAAGCGUACCAUGCAACAACUGUGAUUCGGCAAAUGCAGAAAAUGGCGCUCAGUAGCAGCGGCUCCAGUCGCAGCACCAACUCGAGUGCUCAGCUCAAGCAAUAGCUGCCCUCCCCAUGACACGGCAAAUCACUUUCCCUACUGACAAAGGUACUUAAGAUUUAUUUCAUUUUUAUGUAAUUGGGUUGGUGAUAACCAACGCCAAGUAACUCCAUCAUGCUUAUUACAAUUGAUAAGCCUGUUACAUUAAUUGAAAUUCAUUGUCAAACCAGUUGGCGGCAGACACGCCGAAAGAUCUGUGUCAUCGCUAUGUUCAUAAUGUUACUUGCGGAUCUACAAGUACAUUCAACUGGUUGUCUUAAUACUGGAAUGGAUAGCUUGUUUAGCAUAUUAAUGAUUAUCAACGAACUGUUAUUAAGACAUAUUUCGGCUAGUCAUUGUAUCUCAUCUGCUUGAAAAUA